AUGGCUAGCUGGAGAAAGUACCAACACCGGAGAUAUUAUAACGAUAACAGGUUUUCAAGCGUGCCGUUAUGGGAUAAGAGGUAUACGGAAUCACAUUCCAAAGUAAUGAAGUGGGACGACUAUGCUGUCAAACAGGCUGUUUAUGUUGUUUCAACAGUUUACGACGCAAAAUUCAGGCAUUGCGCUGAGAUCAACGGCUAUGGCUGGGACAUUCCGUUGCCUGAUCCAGACAUGUACAUCGAUGAUGUAGAUUGGGAUGCAAGUGUUGAUCCUGAACUCUGUAUGGAUUUGGAGAGAGAAGAAGAGGCCAGAAGAAAGACGAUAGAAAAGUGCGUGAUUCUGGAAAGUUCACUCUUAUUAAAUCAGUCAUUAUCAGCUCUUGGUCUAAAACCUACCGGAUGGGAGGUUGACGACGAACAAGUAACAAAGCUUCCGGAACCAAGUUAUGGUGCUGAUGAAGUUAAUGAAGCAAACUCUUGGGAAGAGAAUGAUUCUCAGAGGUUGAUUCCAGAGGAGCACUAUGUUGCUGAUUUUCCAAACAAGUAUCAAGCAAGAAAUGAUGGAUAUAACAGAAGGAGAGGUAAUAAUGAUUAUAAGAUGAAUAGAGGAAGAAGAAAUGGAGGAAGAGGAAGAGGAAGGGGAAGGAGGUGA